AUGUCCCUCCUCAUCCAUCUCACCCCGCUCCUCAUCCUCAUCCUCCUCUACCGCCUCUGCCCAGCGCACUUCCCGCCAUCGCCAACAACUUCCAGGCUCUUCAUCCUCUACACGCUCAUCUGCAAUCUUCUCGCGCACCGCACCUCGCCCUGGCCUCUCAUACAGAACCUCGUCUUGCUUAUCCUCGCGCAUUUCCUUCUCGCGGCGAUAUAUUUCCUGCACUACCUCGCCAAGUUCGCAUGUUAUGCGAAAGAGAAGCUUUUGCCGGCUUAUGCAGAGGUUGCGGAGAGUGUUCAGUUGAGUGUACGGAAUAUAGCUGCUCAUAUUCAUGGAAUUCACUUCGAUGAACUCUCCCGGACCAAGGUCUCAGACAAGGAUGAGAAUAAAAACCAGUUCGCUGAUGAGCUCGAGAUCGACUCCAAGCCUAAGCCUUACAAGUCUUUAGAUACCUUGUCUGACCCAGUUGACGACGCAACUGCUAAUACUCCGCCCGAGGAAAUAAUACAACCUCGACAAAGUUGGACAUCUUCUGUUUUCGUUUUCAUUCAGGCAACAUAUCUCCGUCUACAUGAGUUUCUGCAACUUUCCGUACUAUACAUACUACACUUCUACAGCAUGUGCUUACCAUACGUCGACGUCGUUAUAUCACUCUAUGACCAAGUAGGGUUGACUUUAUUCAUCACACGUAUCCGCCUUAUCCUCCUCAUCAAGCGUAGUCUUGAGCCAUUCUGCCGGAUGUUCUCCAACUUCAUAGCCGUCAGCAAUUUAUGCACCCCCGCCAUCGCCAUCUUCGCCCUGCACUUCAUCCUUUGGUCAAUAUUGCUGUCCUUUGGCGAGCUGUAUGUUCUGUUUGUGUGCUUACUAUGCAUAUUUUGGAUGCUCUCUUGGUUGAGUUAA